AUGGAAUGAGUUGGUGACCCACGAACAUGACGCGGCGCUGUGACGUCAGUUCCGCCGUCCGCCUCUAGCUUGUGUUUACAGUCAGAUUUGGCGGGAGAACAUCAAACGCUCCGCUUUCGGUUUGGAACGCGUUCUUUUGAGAGCGUCAAUGGCGGCGACUGAGUCUGCAGCUCCCGCGGAGUCUGAGUUGGACCGCGGCGGAGCUGAGGACGAGCCCCGAGGCGCCGAGCCGGAGGAGGACGCAGGGACCGGGCAGGCUGGGCCCAUCGCGGCCGCGCAGCAGCACCGUCUCGCCAAGCUACCUCUGUCGCGCAUCAAAUCUCUGAUGAAAGCCGAUCCGGAUGUGAGUCUGGCCAGUCAAGAGUCUGUGUUCAUCAUAGCUAAAGCCACGGAGCUUUUUGUUGAAAUGAUCGCCAAGGACGCUCUUGUUUAUGCACAACAGGGAAAGAGAAAAACCCUUCAACGCAAAGACUUGGACAAUGCUAUUGAAGCAAUAGAUGAGUUUGCGUUUUUGGAAGGUACCCUGGACUGACUGGUGCAAAAAUUUGAAUGUAAAGACUAUCAACAAGUUCUGAAGUUUCAUUUCAGAUUUGAGAACUCAAAAGAGAGGAAAGAUCACUGGAACAGGUCAUUUUUCAUUGUGAUGUUGAUAAUGCUUGAGUAGUUUGAUAAAAUUGUACAGUUGUCAAGGUUGUAAAGUGCCAAUUGUAUUUUUCACUAAACUUCUUACAACAAUGUUGAAUGUUUGAAUAAAGUGAAGUUCUUUUAUCUUUUUCUAAA